GUCGAACCGCCGUUGCGUCCGCGCGGCAAAAACACUCUAUUGUUCUUGGCUUGGCAGCACGGCAGAGCUAGGCAAAGUAUUGAGAAAGGGCCUUUUUUUAAGGCAGAGUGUUAAAAUAAUAUGGUCGAGCGAGCCGCACGCGAACGCAGAGGUUAGGACAUCUUGCCGAGACCGAGACCUCACCCGAUAAACAAAAACAAGAGAAAGAUCGCCUGGCGGGGGCUAACGUCAGUGCCCCACAUCUGAGCAGUACUGAGCUAGUGAGCCGCUGGAGCUUGCUGGAGCCUGUUCCGCACCCCGCAGCAGCUCCUCCGCGCCGACACCAUCGUCACGCUACCAAGGGCCGCCAGACACCACAGCCACAGUCACAGUCUGGCCAUGGAGUGCGAACUCUGCACCGAGCACUUCGAUGGCGCCGAGCGGCUGCCCAAGUCCCUGCCGUGCGGGCACACGGCCUGCCUGCAGUGCAUAGGGCGGUUGCCCGACAUGAGCUGCCCGACGUGCCGCCAGGGCUUCAACGGCCCACCGGAUGGCCUCCCCACCAACUUCAUUGUAAUCCAGUUCGUGGAGGGACGCAGACUGGACAGCACUGCCCGCUCCUGGUGCUCGGAUUGCCGCACCGCCGCCACGCCCCGCUGCUGGAAGGACCACGAUGUCCUGUCCGUCAGGAGUGCCCUGAGGCGCCAGUUGCAGGGCGUCCUGCCGCAGACCGCCGAGCAGCUCCAGGGUCUUCAAGAUCAGUGCCGAGACGAGCAGGUCAUGCCCGCCCUCACCCUUUUGACGGGCGAGUCCUGGGACCUGUCGCUGCGGGGCGGUGGCCGCGAGCUGACGGGCACACUGCGGAACACCGAGGGGCCCCUCACCAAGGGACUGUGCCUCCUGUUGGCGGCGAGGGCAGCGCUCACCGAGGACCAAGCUGGGGCCGGGGACCAACCACCUGCUGCAGUGCCCCCUACAGCGGCGCCCACCAGCGGCCAACCACCCGUCAAGGCGCGGCCUGUGCGGAGGGAUGUGAGGCGUGUCAGCCGUUGUCCACUCGGCAACUUGAGGGCAGCAAAGGUCGCCGCCCUGCGGGACGCACCAGGGGUAACGCGGCUGGUCGGAGUGUACUGCAACCCGGACUCCGGCUGGAGCCUCGAGCUGCUGCAGCGCGCUGCGCCCUCCGUGGAGCAGCUGAGUCUGUACAAACCCCGUGAGGCCCACCUGCGCCUGCUGCACACCAUGCCGCGGCUCAGGAGGCUGUACGUGUGGUCCGGCUAUGAUACCAUUCUGGACGAGGGGCCCCCCGUGCUGCCCGCGCUCCCGCCAGGACAUGCCGGCCUGCAGUGGCUAGGUGUGUGUCGCCUCCACGGCGCCACCCUGCAGUCCUUGCUGUAUGCGCACAGCCACACGCUGGAGGAGCUGCAGCUGACGCUGGGCACGGGACAGACCACGGGGUGGCCGUGGCCAUGGAACUGCAACGACCUGCCCUCGAUGCUCGAGCCGUGCGGCCUGCGGGCGCUGCGGACGCUCGUGCUGGAUCGUGACUGCGACGGUGAAUACCACGAGGAAGGCCAGUGCAACGAGCAGCGCGCUCAGGUGCGGCGGGUGCUGCCCGUGGCCGAUGUGCAGUGCACCUCUUGUGACCGUGUGGCGGCGGAACACUUCUAGUGGCGGCAAGCAACGCCACCCAGUAACUCGAGCGCACCCCUGCCGCGUGCCACGAGUGCCUGGAGGAAGUGGGCAGAGAAACAAUACCAGCAAAAUUGGAAUUGUUUGUACCAUCAAAAGAAAACAAGCGUGCUGCAAGAAAUAUAUGUGCCACUACACGUUGAAA